AUGGCGGCCAAUCCAAAAGCUCCCUCUAGCCGCAGGUCGUCGUCAAGACUCCUGGCACUGGCAGCAAUUGCCAUGGCAGGAAUUGCCGUCGUCUUUGUCUGCUCGGCGGGCACGACAAGCUUCCUCCAACCCCCUGCGCCAACAUCGCGACGAUUCGCCUUGGGAGGUCUCGCCGCAGGCGCGACAGUCUCCCUGACUCGACCGGCUUGGGCAGAGGAGAUCAUCCGUUCGGAUCCCUUCGUCGGUUCCUUGCAAAAGCCUGGACAAGCUUGGCCUAACGGACAGUGCAAAGCGGAUGUUACGAACGUUCAGGACAAAUGGAAGGCAGCCAUCUUAAGCAUCUCCAAAGAGUACCUGAGCAAUCCAACGGGAGAGAAGUACAAGGAUGUGGCAAAGGCUGCUGCAGGUGAACUCUAUGGAUACGACGUCGGAAACGUUCUUUUCAAGCCGACCAAGGCAAAAGAAACGCCGUUCCGAGUGUCUGCAGAAGGUGCACUGUCCUACUUCAUUGGGUACGAUGCCAUACAGCCGGCAGGGUUCAAGGAGGAUAAAGGCUUCGCUAUCAACGCUGGCAAGGGCUGGAAAGAGGUGCGUUUUGAGAAUAGCCAGAUCAGUUGCUACGAUGGUCUUGCGUUUGCCCAGGGGAAUUAUUUCUUCACCGAUUAUGACAGCAACGUUGCUAAGGUGGAGUACAGCUUUGCCUACCAGAAGAUGCCCGACGGCAAGUUGAAAAUCGUGCUCCACCACUCUUCGAUUCCAUACUCUAGGUGA